AUGUCAGAGAAGACUCCUGAAUCCGCACUCGAAGAGCAGUCACCUUCAAUCAACUUUCUCGACAGCGGCAGUGACACCUCACGGCGAGCAAUUUCCACGAUGCCAAACGACUUCAGCGUCAUAAUAGUGGGAGGAUCGGUGGCCGGCUUGUCCCUCGCGCACUGCCUGCAACGGCUUGGUGUCUCGUUUAUCAUUCUCGAACAGGGUGAAAUUGCCCCCCAACUUGGGGCCUCGAUUGGUAUUCUGCCAAACGGUGGUCGCAUUCUCGACCAGCUUGGUAUUUUUGAGAGCGUCGAGAGGGAGAUUGAGCCCUUGGAGUACUCCAGAAUCCGUUACCCCGAUGACUUCUGGUUUGAAAGCCGAUACCCCAAGGCAUUGCACUCCAACUACCACUACCCUGUGUCCUUCCUGGAGAGGCAGAGAUUUCUUCAGAUAUUAUAUGACACGCUCGAGUCCAAGAAUCACGUUUACACGGGGAAAAGAGUCCUGGCUGUGGAAAGCGGCGACGAUAGCGCCGUAGUCAAGACCUCGGACGGCAGCACCUAUAAAGCAGAUAUUGUCGUCGGUGCCGACGGUGUCCAUAGCGUAGUUCGGUCUGAGAUUUGGAGACAUGUCACGAAAGUUUCGCAGCCGCACGCAACUGAGCAAGAAAACUCAGGCAUCAAGUACGAGUAUUCCUGCAUUUAUGGAAUCUCGCGCGAUGUUCCUCACAUGGAACUUGGAUCGCAGCUCAGCCGCUUAGAUGACGGGGUCUCAAUACACGUCUUCAGCGGGAAGAAAUCCAAGGCCUUCUGGUUUGCCAUCGUCAAGACGCCGCAGGAUAUUUCCGUCGACAACGCAUCGUCCUCAGACUGUGCGGCGAGAAAGAUCUGCGACAGCAUGCGACCGAAACGCGUAUCUGACGCCCUGACUUUUGACGAUAUAUGGUCUAGAUGUACAAUAUUCAAGAUGACGCCGUUGGAAGAAGGGGUUUUCAAGCAGUGGCACUACGGCCGCCUGCUGUGUAUUGGCGAUGCCGUCCGCAAGAUGUGCCCUAACAUAGGACAGGGUGCCAACUUGGCCAUCGAGGACGCCGCUAGGCUCGCCAAUCUCAUGUACAAAAGACUGCCGUUGGGCAAGCUUUCCGCUGGAGAAGUAAAUAUGAUGCUCCAGGAGUUCACCGCGACGCAGAAGCCUCGUACAAAUAGCAUCUGCGCGCAGUCCGAGUUCCUAGUCCGCAUGCAUGCCAACCAAGGGAUUGGGAGAAGGCUCCUCGGCCGAUACAUCAUCCCUUUUUUGAAUGAUGCACCGGCUGGUCUGUCUGGUCUGUCCAUAAGCAACGCCGCGAAGAUUGACUUCAUCGAUACGCCAACCAGGUCUCUGGGAGGCGCAUGGGAUGCGUCCUGGGGAUCUAUUCUACGGAUCCUCAGUUGCUUGCGACCUAAAUUAGGAGUCCAUCAUUCCGUAUAUCUUCUUGCAUUCGCAAUCGCAACGUAUUACUUGUGUAGAGCAGCAGAGUAUGCCUGCUCGUGA